UCACCACUUUCAUAGUGCAUCUUUUCUCUCAUUUGCAUUUGUUCAGCUUCCUUGUGACAGUUCAUGUCAAAAGAGCUGUGUGAGAAUAUCAGAUGGGAGAGAGCCGUGCGGCCUAGAUGACGGAACAGAUUAAACACAGCAGGAACUCUGAAGAUGGGGCUGCUCAGGUACAAGACUGUCUAAGCUGGAUAAUUGUAACUGAUUCCAGUCAAAAGCAAGACGGUAAUUAGAGACCUGGCACUGGUACAUCACGACAGCAGCAGUGUUACCAUGGAGACUGGCAAGCCAGUAUGCGCUCCAGUGCACAUCAGCUCAGCUGCAGCGCAGACAGAGAAAAGGAUGGAUGUCCAGGCGCCGCUGACGGCUGUUUACAUCCACACAGUGCCUGCUCCACCAGCGCAGCCUUUCCCACAGCUUCCUGCUGCUGCACGGGAACCAGCCACGCUCCAUCUGGCCAUGCCGCCGCUCUACUCCAAGGAGAACCUAAGCUUCCUGACACUCCACAUUGCCGGUGGGCUGCAUUCUUCGCCAGGGCUGAGUCCAGCAGCUGCUGCUCCUACAGCCAGACCCAAAUCAGCAGGAAAGCAUGUGUGUACUCACUGCGGACGGGACUGUAUGAAGCCCAGUGUGCUGGAGAAACAUCUCCGCUGCCACACAGGGGAGCGGCCCUACCCCUGCACCACUUGCGGAGUUUCUUUUAAGACUCAGAGCAACCUCUACAAGCAUAAACGUACUCAGGCACAUGCCCGCCUCUCAUCCGAGUCAGAGCAGAGCAGCCUGGGCAGCCUAGACAGCAUGUCCAGCUCAAGAGAGACUCAUUCCUCCAGUCUGUCUAUGGAUGAGCACAGUGAGAAGACGGGCAGCAUGGAGAAGGAUGCCAUGCUACCUGCUGCUGAGAUUACUUGUACAGCCAAUACUACAGAGAUCUUCUCUGUAACAACCCAGGGCUACAUCUGUGAGCAGAGAGACUUGGCACCUGCAAGUCAUAAAAAAGAUUCAAAUGAAAGUGCAAAGGUAAGAAAAGUAGAGGAGAACCUGAGAGUUGAAAAUGAACAAUCUCCUUCGACUGAUGGUCGACAUCUUCCACUUCAGAGACAAAAGGCCACUGUGUUCUCCAAGCAGUGGGAGAGGUCAGUAUCCAGAGGGAAAUCACAGAAUCACGAGAGCACAGACUCAGGUUUCAGCGAGAGCAGUGACCACUACCCAAGCCCUGGUAGUGUUUUACAUGGCCACAGUCUGGAUUCUCUAUCUGAAUCUACUAAAGAGCAUCUUGAGGAAACAACAAACAAAAACACGUCUUCAGAACCAGACCGAGGUGCAAGGGAGCAGGAGCAGAAGACACUGGAGGAGCGCAUAUCUAAGCUGAUUUCGGAGAAUACAGCUGUAGUGGAGGACAAACAGCUGGAGAAUGUAAGGCCUCGGAAGACUGUUCUUUCAAAGCAGGGUAGCAUCGACCUUCCUUUGCCCUACACGUACAAGGACUCCUUUCACUUUGACAUGAAGAUCAGUAGGACUCCGAAUGUUGGGUUGCAAAGAAACAGGAAGCCUGGACUGUACAGCUCUGUGCCCACUCAGCAGUCAACCAGCAUGGAGCAUGGCCCAUUAACCCGCAGCAACUCUCUCCCCUUCAGCGUCACGCUCCUGCAGCCUGAGAGGAGCAGCUCAGCCUCUUCCUAUCAGAGCAAUUAUGAAUCACUGGUUUACAGGGGAAGCUCAGGCCAGAUCAACCAAGCAGGUUUUGCCAUAAAGCCUGUGAACCAACAGUCAUCCACCCACCGGCCACUGGUCAGACAAACAGCCGUAGACUGCAACCACGCAACAGGCGGUCUAUUUAUGAGUUCAUCUGUGGAGGAGGCGAGCACCGGCAGUCUCAGCUGCGACGGGGACAUUUGUGGAGAGCCAAGCAACAGAAAGUUCCGGAGGAAGAAAGCUCAGAAGUUUGCCUACGACAAGUGGUACAUGUACGGGGGAGGGACAUUUAAGAAGCUCUACCACAGCACAGAGAAAGAUGGUGAUAGGAGUGUUGCCAAAGGUAGGAAAUGUAUGAACGCAGAUCAUGAGGCUCUUCAGGCACCACAAAAAAAGCUUUCAUCAGCUCAUAAGGAGACAGUCACGACAGGCUCAGCGAUAAACAUCCCAAGCAGCAGGCCAACAGUGUGCCAUCCAGGCUGCUCUCCUGCCAAGACGUCUCUCAGCUCUACUGUGGAUGUUAAUGUAAGAACGACCCAGCUUUAUUCACCGUGCAGCUCUGUCAAGACUCCAAUCCGGAGAAACCUGUCUUUGUCAAUACUGCCAUUACCCUCAGUGGUUAGCCACCAAGCAGACAGCAUGAGCAGCACAGGGGCUGGGCUUAAAGAAAAACACACUGAUUCCAUCUCUGAGCUCUGUGGAGCCCAUGUUCCCUCUGAUAGAAAGAAGCAGAGAACGGCUGAUGAUUCAAUUUGCCAGCUUGAGAUGGAGACCGCCCAGAACACACUGAGUUACCCCCCUCCCUCUGUGACUGGCAGUGCACUUCGGCAGGAUGCACACCUCAGUUAUGUCAACCUCCAAAAAAAACAAAAACACACUCAACUCAAAGGAAAUCUCUUCUCACCAUGCAUAAUCAAUGCAAAUGCACAAUCGGUUAGCACCCUGCCUCCCACUUCCCUCCCCUCAGCUGUCAAGACCAGCUUCCUGCCCAAGUACCAGCUCAAGUUGCCUAACGCUGGGGAUCAUGAUUCAAAAACUUCACUGCAUGUUGUGGAUAAACCGACAGUAACUGCUAGCUGCACCUUCACCUCUCCUACAUCCUCUUCUAAAACUGAGCAAACCUCACCUUCAGUCACAGCUCCUGAACUCAAAUUAAGUGAUCCUGUCACGUCAGCGUUGAUGCAAACUGGUGAUUCCAAAAAGACGAAUGCUCUUAAUUCCACACAACCCCAGCUUUUUUUGCCUUGCACAGCUGCAACAUUUUGUCAAGCUGAAACAUCAAGAUUCAAUGAGAAUAUGACAUCUAGUCUCCCUGUGGUGCACAGGCAAUUUGCAGGAACCACAAUAACCACAGCCUGCCUUCAUGAUUAUCAGGAAGGAUUAUGCAGCACAUUGAUACAGCCAUCGAAAUCUGCAUCUUGGCAGUUACCCUCACCUGUUGCACCUGCUUUACCCUCCAUAAGCACAGAAAACCGCCAGACAUCUGCUACUUCCAGUACAACUAUCCCACAGUGUCCAAUUAACUCUAACCGUCCACUGUCACACUUACAGUUCUUGCCUGAAUCAGACCAGUCGAACUUUGUAAAUAGAGCAUUUACUGGCACAAACACCCCAAAGGUACCAUGUCACAUCGUUCCGUUUGACCAGGUACAACCAGCAGGUCAGAAUGUGUUUCAUGUUCACACAGCAGAUCUCCAGAUCUGCCUCCAGAUCAUAUCCGACGAGCAGCUGGCUCUCAUUGAACCGCAGAUUGAGCGUCAUGAGGACAGCAGCCUCUCACAGAGACGUGACAUGCAAGCACAGGCCGCAAAAGUGAUCCAGAAUAACGCUAAAAGCUCUGCAAUCACGGAAAGAGGUUAUGAGGGAAAGGACCAUCGACUGCAGGGAUAUCAAAAGGAGUUGGACCUAAAUGAAUCUUUAUCCACACUUAAUGUGGAGAGAAUAAAACCUCCACUGAGUGCCCACAUGACUGAACACAGGAAUUCCAGACAGGCUACACUAUCAGCUGAAUCUAAGCCCCCUGAAGCUCCAGGCUUGACAUUACACCCACACAAAUGCAGUCAUGUAAACAUGGCCACGGAGACUCUGAGCUUUGCGAGUGAUGUGAUAUCAACUGCUGCUGUACGGUCAGGAAGACACCAACCUUCAGAGGAGGAACGUGCCUUUUCUCUGAACUCCUUUCCUGAAGAGCAACCUUUCCUUGGCAGCAGGGUCAGUCAAGGUGGACUGGUCUUGCAAAAACUCUCUGGUCUUUCUCCCAAUUCAGUAAAUCAGAAUAGAAAAAGCGCACUACUGGUCAAAGACAUACACCAUAAAACAAAAAAUCAAGGAGCCUCAUGUGAAGUAAGCAUUAUGAAAACCAAGUGUGAAGCCUCUGCAUACAGAAGCAACAGGCUAGAAAGUGGAGAAACACACUGCUCUAUGCAUGUUAGGUUUGAUAAGGCCAGUUCUGAUGAACUCUCUGGGUCAUUGUUUCCGUUUUCUAUCAAUAAUUGCAAAUCUCCAAGAAAGUUGAACCCACAUGCAUCCAUCUGCUGCAACAAACCUUCAGAUCCUACAAUAUCAGAGACGGUGGAUCCAUCUCAACAUGAAAACACAGGCUGUGACAGGGUGGGACCUUCAGACAAUUCUGUCACUUUACCGGAAAAGACUCUCUGUGAUUCACAGGAUGUAAUCAGCUUAGCCCACUCACAAAAACUGUUUACUUCAGAGUCCUCUAACAUCCACGUGGAGAGAACCAAAGACACCCCAGCUGUGCUCUCAAGUAUUCAGAGCCCUACUGCAGGGAUUCUGGAGGGAGACUGCCUGGGGGAACGUGAAGUCCAGAAGGAGCCACAGAAAUGGGGACAUGUAGGUAUACCUGGACAGUCUGACUGCGCAGACCGGAGGCCAAACCUGAACCAAGAGUCCAGAGAGACAACCCACCAAGGAAUAGAUGGGCAGAGCGGUGGAGGAGUGAUGAGGGAGGAUAGGAACGGAAGAAUCAAGGCAGACACGGUCCCUGGAGAGUUGGCCAACAAAGAGGCAAACUGCAGAUACACAGCUUUACCAAACAUGACAGAGUUAGAGGGACAAGACACAGAGGUCAAGGUGGAUUCCUUUAAAAACUCUUGGCUAUCUGAGGAGCAUCUUCAGCAUCUUUCCCAGACGCACUCAGGAAUGUCUGAGUAUCCUCUACAGAGGCCUCAGCAAGCUCUGAGCACGUCAAAUAACCUUAAUUUACCAGCCAGCGGCAGUGAGACUAGCCUUCUCAAUUCUCCACAGCCCCCACUGCAAGUGAACAACUUGUAUCUCUCACAACAACACUGGGAAAGCAGCGUCGCUUGUACCAAACAAACACAGACCUUAUGCGAGUCAAAUUCAAGUAAAUCGAUGAAAACACAGGCCCAAUUCAAAGAGACGCAAAAUGCUGUUUCACAAGUCACUCAGCAAACAACAUUUUCACACCAGGAAAAGCAGACCCUAUAUGUUGAGCAAGGAAACCAUGCAGGUAACAACAGCACAGCAGUAAGCAAUUCUACUGAGGUAACAUUAGGAAGCAACAAAACCUCAGGUCUCUUGGCAGAUAUCAAAACCUCAUGCGCCACACACCACUGCCAAGUCUCCCAAUCCCAGCAAGUCAGUCAAGCCUCAGCUGGAUGGACGGGAAACACUCAAACGUCAAACACCAAUAUGCUGGGUUAUAAUGCUGAGGCCCGAUUAAAGCCUUUUACAUACCAGGAGCCUGAGCUGGACCCCGAGGAUCAAGCACCACAUGAGUACAUAACACACAGCAGUAACUCUGGGAGAACUGACACGACCAGCAAAUACCAGUCUUUUUUAUUGGCGUCUCAGCUUCAAGGGUACGAACCAGCCGAGAGUCUGACUGCUGGAGUGAAGCCUGUGCCGAGCUGCCAGGACUCUUCAGAAGACACCAGCAGUAGUGACGAUGAAGGAAAGCUUAUCAUUGAGCUUUAGGGCAGAUGUGAACACACACUGAUGUCGUUUGAAUUCUUAUUUGCUGUUGAUUUAUAUGUUUCACAAGAAAAUCUGCUGUGUAGGCAGAGAUAUCAAUUGUCGUGUGAAAGGGAUAGUUCACAGAAAAAUAAAAAUUCACUCAUUAUCUACUCACCAAUAUGCCGAUGGAGAGAUGAGUAAGGUGUUUGAGUCCACGAAACACAGGGGUAAACCGUGUUGCAGCCAAAUCCAAUAAAAUUGAAAAAAAUGGGACCACUUCUUCAGAUGUAAUAAAACUACAGAAAAAAACACAUAACAAGUCUUCCAUACUGCUCUCGUGCCAUCUAAGUGUUUGUAAGCCCCUUCAUUUAAAAAAGACUUGAAACGGCUACAUUUAGAUCUUGUUUUUAGCCUAAACAUGUGUAAAUGACCUCAUUUCGACUCAAAUUUGAAUGCCAGGGCUUGUGGACACUUGGAUGACACCACAGGAGCAGUAUGGAGGAACUUUUUUUUUUUUCUCUCCUGUUUUUCUGUUUUACGUUUAAAGAAGUUGUCCGAUUUACUUCAACUGUAUUGGAUUUAGCUGCAAUGCUGUUCACCCCUGAGAAAAAAUAUUUUUUCUUUACAAAAGGUCAAUGGGUUACUCUGCUGUGUUCAUGUCAUACUCUACUGAGAGUAGUUAAAACUGGUCAAGAAGGAAAAACUGCUCAAGUCAGCCUUAUAGUUGAAAUUUCAGGUGUCAGGAAUGUCCCUCACAACAGCUCCUACGAGACAAAAUCAACCACAGACGUCAGUGAACAAAUCACAAAACUGCUGCAUAAUUUCUGACAGAAACCAAAUUUAAUUCAGAAUGACUUUCAUAAAAAAUUACAUGACUAAUACAGCGGAUUAUGACACUUAAAAAGGCCCAACAACAAGUAACCAGGCUCGAUAGGAAGUAUGACACGUAUGAAAAUAAAUUAGAAAUAUAUAAAUGAUAUGUUGUUUUAGCUUAUAUCUAAAUAGCCCACCGAGAUGACAACUCAUUGUUUGGCAGCAUAUAUGAUGCCAAAGUAGAAAACCUAGCUGAACAAAGGUUUAAUCAUAGACAAGUGUUAAUGAAGCACCACUUCACACGUAACAAAGUUUUUGUCCUGCACUCACUGUUAGUUAACAAACUGAUAAAUCUCAGACAUCGGGUAUGAACAUCCUUCCUGAGUGAUCUGAUCUCUCGUGUUCAGUGUUAGGUAUGUUCACACCUGAAAUUAAAAUGCAUCCUGAAUGUCUCUUCUGUGAUGCAUGUGAUCAGAUAUCAUAUGUGGCCCAGGAGACACAUGCGUUCACACAGCCAAAAUGAUGUGUCCCUAACCUUGUCCCUGUGGGAUCCAAUCUUAUGCAUUUGGGUGCGUUCACACCUGUACUUAGCGCUGAACACUUGUGAUCGGAUCACUCAGGACAGCUUUUCUUCUUGUGUGCCAGCUCCAUCCUGUUUUAUCAGGUCUUUGUUGCUUGGCCUCACAAGUGUUGACACAAAAACUGCAGCUCCUUCGGCUAUUUCAUCCAAACUGCGUGACUUCCGUUCGCCUCACGCAUGCUUCCAAACAUUUGUCAUUCGUUGUGUCUGCCUUCCCACACUCACUCUCCCUCAGUAAUUGCAGCCUGUAACACUAUCCAUCCUUCCCUGACAACACCUGUGUGUGUGAUUUAUGGUCACGUGCAGCCAGAUACCAUUAGGGUGAUCUCUGCUGCCAAUCAGAUCACCCAGACAUUGGCUGGAGAGGCAUGACCCCUUUCUCAGUCUGGGUUUAGCGAUGAGUCAGCAGCUAUGAUGAGAGACCGGAGCUCACAGGACAGGAAAUGGGCGGAUGUGAACAUUUCUGUACAUAAAUCCAGAGCUAUUGCUCAUCUUCAGUCCACAACCCAUCAGGUGUUUAUAAAACCCUUUGGACUUGACAGGUGUAUGUGUGUAAUAGUGCUGAAUGAGAUUUAUCUGCAGUGAAUCAGUUCAGGCCUGUUGACGUGUUUGGUGUAUUCAUAGAGCUGAAAGCCAACGGCACGCAAAUCACAGCUGUUUACAAUGACUGUGUAAAGCUAUUUUAAUAUGAUAAUACAAACAUGUGUAAGAAAAACUGAAGCAAAUGAAAUCCUCUCGAAUAUAUUUCUCGAAACAUUUUGUUUUCAACCAUAUCAACAAAAGAAGAGGUAAAGUAAACCCUUUCACUGGUCUGAUUGUGUCUGGUUCUACUGUUUCAUUUAACACCAGCUUUGCUCAUGAUGGCUUUUAGAUUCAAGGGUCUAAAAAAUCUUUGCCUGUUGCUUCUAUGGAAAAUCAAGGUAAUAACAAGCUUGGUAACUAAUUACUGAUGGCUCAUCGUGGAAUGUCUGAGCAAAAAGGAGCACCAGGGCUGUUGAAUUCAGCCAAAACUUCCCAGAUUCCAAGUGAACUAACGUGUAUGUUUUAUCGUCAUGUUAACUUGAUCUUCCACUUGUCAUUAAUGGUGCAACAUGUGACAAAGUUGCAAAGUUUAAGCCCUGUGAUUAGAUUUGUUUCUUUAAAUAAUUCACCUUGGACUUCACAAUGAACUUUUCUCCCAAUGUCUGUUCAAGCUUUUACCAAAUAAACAUGUCUAUAUUUUUUCUAACUUUU